CUCCGGUCUCCACUGGUUCGCACAAUCUGCUCGCUUCCGCUGCUUUUGGCGGGUGUAAAAGCGAAGCCGCGAGGGAAUGCGAUGCGAGCGCAUGCAGCCGGUGAGUGGCGAGGGAACAAGGUACCGUCCGGGUCGCGUUAAUGGCCAAGGAAUCGCAGGAAAAAGAGUGGCGGGGGAGCGAGCAGAGCGCGAUAGCGUGUGCGGUCACGUGUGUCAGCGCGGGGGAGGGGCGCGAGCUGUGCGUCGUGACUCGAGGGCGCAGCAGCCUUUUUUUCCUCUGCACUCGAGUACCAACACCAAAAGGAUACCUACCCUACCAGCCUAACCCAGAACGAUAAGACAAUUACAGAAAGUUAAUUAAUUCUUAACCAACUUUAAUUAAAUUAAUCCCCUCAAGUCAACGUUAAUUAGGAGCGAAAGCAUAAGAAAGUCCUUCGAGGGGCACUGAGCGCUUGGAACUUAUUCCGCUGUUAGCAAAUGGCUUUAACCUUAAUUAAUUUAUUUAUUUGCCUCGCAAGUCAAAACUUUAGUGCAUUUGCGCUGGGUAAAGCACGCUUAAUGACUUGCUCGCUUUAUUAAGGAGAAUGUUCGAGAAGACAGAACAUUACUGUGUUAAAUAAACGAGACAAAUGCCAUGGCAGGUACGUCGACAAGGACAUCCUUUAUCGUUUACUUAAUUUAUUCUAGAAUCUUGGUCCGUCUUCAACUUAUAUAUUUAUAUCGGGAUUUUAAAAAUAAUAUAUUAUUGCAAUAGCAUAAAAGCUAUUAUAAUAGAGUAUAUUACAACAGUAGGAAUAUCAUUUUCGUUAAUUUAAAAUAAUUUUAGUUAAAUUAAUAAAGAAUAUUCUUUUGGACAAAAAUAAUAAUAAAGGAUUGGGCUUAACACUGAAGAAUCAACCCGAUGGGCCGGUCACGUGAUGAACGAACCAUCGCAGUCAUGCUUUUCUGAGGCAAAUCCUACGGUCACCGUCAUUUCAAGGAUGUACACGAAUCUCGACUCAUCAUCGUGGAGAGGUUUCGGAGUGCGCGCGACGACGACGCCGCUUUGCGCCGGCGGCGUCGUCGUUGCCGCUUGCAGCAUGGGCGAGUACGCCGUCGUCGGAGUCCCAUAAGGAUUUUGACAUCGAAUCUCAGAGAAAUAUCUGCUCGAACCAUCGCAUUGGAGUUUCUGAAGUCAGGAAGAGUGUAAAGAGUUUCCUUCGCCGCUAAAGUGUUCGACGCAAUGCCCCAGUGAGGCGGUAGUCCUUUUUUUUCUCCUGCCAAUACGACGACGACAACCGUACCACCCUCGUCGCCAUCUCUGCUCACCGGCCGCGCAUCUUGGUUGCGGCUUCCUUUAGUUGCUGUCUCUCAUCUUCUCAGCGCAGGGAUGCCUUUGCUGUCAGACGUACGCCUUCAUUUGCUGUCGAGUCAGACCUGCAGCCAUAGUGUACGACACAUUGCCUAGAUGACCGCCUUAUUCAAAUUUCAAAUUAGUUUUGGAUAUUUUUAAUAUUAAAUAUAUAAUAAAAUAAUAUUUUAUUUUUUUUAAAAAAAUAGCAUGAAUGUUGAUGAUGGCAAAAUGAGGUGCCAUUUUUAUUUUUAUAUCUGAUAAUUUCAAGCAAUUACCAAUGCGCCCUACAUUGCUGACCCAAGUCCGGCAAAGCAUCGGCCUGACCAAUCCAUAUGCCGGUAGGAAUUUGGGUUCAUAUUAAAUGACAAAAAAUUCUCGAAGGUAAAUCCAUUUCCAACGUGUUCCAGCUUCGAUAUCCGAUAAAAAAUUAUUAUUAAGGUUUUUAACUCGGACUCGUACCAUACCGUUCGGCAUGCAGUUGGUCCCAUAUUGUUCUCCAUUUAGAAAGUUCGGUAUGCAAUUGGGUUAGUAAAUUUGAUUGUCGCGGCGUCCCAUCCGCCGUGACAUCGGACGACGAAGCUCCAUCUUGUUGUCAGUCGCUUCUCGGGCCCAGUCGCGGAAGACGACGGCGGAGGCUCUUCAAGCACCUCUCGCUUUCUCGAUUCAAAUCUGGUGGCUUGGGAGGGAGAAUUCCAGCUCCAAAAGAAAGAACUGCGGCAUUGGAUUCUCGUUCCUUCAGCGCGCGGCGCGUUUUCAAUUUUUGUUCUGCUCCGAUUCCGCCGUACUCUCCUGAAGAGGAACCCGAGGAGGAAGAGGGAGGAGAUCCGCGAGUUGGGUAAGAGUAUCGGCUGGGAAAAAACAAAUGGGGGUUUCAGAUAACACCAAGGGCUUCAUUCUCGCACUUGUCUCGAGCGCCUUCAUCGGAUCCAGCUUCAUAUUGAAGAAGAAGGGACUCAAGCGUGCAGGAAAAUCUGGCGUCCGAGCAGGAGUUGGUGGAUAUACUUACUUACUAGAACCGCUCUGGUGGAUUGGAAUGAUCACAAUGCUCCUUGGUGAGGUUGCAAAUUUUGUGGCUUAUGUUUUUGCUCCAGCUGCUUUAGUUACUCCUUUGGGGGCAUUAAGCAUAAUAGUCAGUGCUGUAUUGGCACACUUGAUGCUGAAGGAACGAUUACAGACAAUGGGCAUUUUGGGUUGUAUAUCUUGUGUUGUUGGUUCUAUUGUCAUUGUGAUUCAUGCACCUCAGGAACAAUCCCCAAGUUCUGUAGAAGAAAUUUGGAAGCUAGCCACUCAACCUGCAUUUUUAGUUUAUGCUGCAGCUACAUUAUUCGUAGUAUUUGCCUUGGUAUUAUAUUUUGAACCCCUAUAUGGGCAAACAAACAUAUUGAUUUAUUUGGGCAUCUGUUCCUUAAUGGGAUCGCUAACGGUUGUUAGCGUAAAAGCCAUUGGAGUUGCUAUCAGACUUACAUUAGAGGGGACAAGUCAGGUUACAUAUUACCAAACCUGGCUUUUUGCCACAAUUGCCCUUGUUUGUGUCAUCUCUCAAUUGAAUUACUUAAAUAAGGCACUGGACACUUUCAAUACAGCAAUUGUGUCACCAAUUUACUAUGUCAUGUUUACCACUCUGACAAUAGUUGCAAGUGCAAUAAUGUUCAAGGAUUGGUCCGGCCAAGAUAUCAACAGUAUAGCUUCAGAAUUGUGUGGGUUUGUUACAGUUAUUUCUGGGACUAUCUUAUUGCACUCAACCAAAGAACCCGAUGUGUCUCCUCCAACAGGUUCAAUAUCUUGGUACAUUGGUAGAGGCAGUGCUGGUGAUCCCAUGAAGAAUAUCGGCGAUGAUCAUUUCAUUAUCUUGCAAAGUUCCGAUUGAUCAUGUCCGAGUCAAGUUAAGUUCCACUCAGAAGGUAUAUUUCAGAUACCAUCUUGCUCAACAGAGGCUGUAUAUUUUUUUUAUUCAUUUUUUUUUUUUUGAAAUAUCUUUGUUUCUCACAGUAUGGCCUUAAUUGAGACAUGCAAGUUUAAGAGGUUAGAAACUAGGCAGUUGGAGGUUGCCUCUACCUCAGUGAAUAGGUGAAUGCAAGUCUAGAGAUCUAUUUUUCUUCUUCAAAAUAAGACAUGAUAACAAAAUGUAUGGCAAAUAAUUUUUUUUUAAAGAAAAAAUAGAAUCAUAGAACUUAGAAAAUCUCAAUUGUGAAAGAGAAAGGACAAUGUUUUUACAACAAAAUGCGCACGACUGCUAGGCCAGCAGCAGAGAUAGAA